AUGGGAGGGGCCCUCUCCUCUUGGUUCCCGCGCCUCUUUGGGGGGCGCGAAGUCCGCGUGUUGAUUCUUGGCCUUGACAACGCCGGCAAGACCACCAUCCUAUCAAUUGGUUUCAAUGUCGAAACAGUGAAAUACAAAAACAUCGAAUUUCAGGUGUGGGAUUUGGGUGGUCAAACAUCAAUUAGGCCUUACUGGCGAUGUUAUUACCUAAACACUCAAGCCCUCAUCUACGUUGUCGACAGCGCAGACGUGGAGCGGCUUCCUGACGCAAGACAGGAGUUGCUGCUUAUGCUAGAGGUAGCUAGAGCAACGGCAGCAGCAGGAGCAGCAGCAGGAGCAGGAGCUGCUGCUGCCACUGUGCCGAAGCUAAACAGCAGCAGACUGCAUUUCAAUGGCAUUGGGUCUGUCCUCUUUGCGGGAGAGGCGCUGGUCCGUCUUCGGCGCAUCUGCUGUCAAGGGAGAGGGCAUAUCAGCAGCAAUGGACUGGUUAGCAGAGGUUCUGUCUUGAGCGGUCGCGAAUGGCGCAGCAGCAGCAGCAAGAUAGCGUAG